GAAAGAGAGCUGCAGGUGCGGCUGACAGGCCCCGCGCAAGCGCACUGCGUGGCUGAGGCGACGCCACUGCGAUGUCCCAGAGUGCGACCCGUCUCCUGGAAGGAACUUCCCUGGGCUGACAGUGGAGUGGGCGCGCGCCUCACCUGUCAGUGUGCGAAGAACUCGGAGCCUAAGGGGGCGCGAGCUGGCCGGAAGACUAAAGGUACCAUAUAAAGUUCAGAGCUGAAAGUGAACAUGGCAGAAGAAGAAGACUAUAUGUCUGAUUCCUUCAUUAAUGUGAAAGAAGACAUCAGACCUGGAUUGCCCAUGUUGAGGCGAAUCAGAGAGGCUUAUCAAAAAGAAGAAAAGCAUCGGGAAGCAAAUCUAAAAAAUAGACAAAAGAGUUUAAAAGAAGAGGAAAAAGAAAGACGUGAUAAUGUUUUGAAGAGUGCUUUGGGUAGUGAAAACAAGGGAUUUGCUUUGCUUCAAAAGAUGGGGUAUAAAAGUGGACAGGCUCUUGGCAAGAGUGGCAGCGGCAUUGUUGAACCCAUUCCCCUGAACAUCAAAACAGGAAGAAGUGGCAUUGGUCAUGAGACAUUAAUAAAACGGAAAGCAGAGGAAGAACUAGAAAAUUACCGAAGAAAAAUUCAUUUGAGAAACCAAAAUGAGGAAAAAGCUGCAGAUCAGUUUCGAUUGAGACUCAAAAGUAAAAAAGAAGAACUUAAGUUAGAAGGUGAUCUUAGAAGAAGUCAGAGAGCCUGCCAUCAAUUAGACACACAGAAGGAUAUUCAAGUUCCCAAGGAGCCAUGGUACUGGUUCAUGCCAGAAAAAGAGGAACAGGAAGAUGAAGAAGAGAAAGAACAAGAAGAAGAUGAAUAUGGUGAUGAUGAAUUAAGUGUAUUGGAAAAAUUACAAAUUCUGACAAGAUAUUUAAGAGAAGAACAUCGGUAUUGUAUUUGGUGUGGAACAACCUAUGAAGAUGAAGAAGAUUUAUCUUUGAACUGCCCUGGACCAACUUCUGCAGAUCAUGACUAAAAAUUUUCUUAUUAAAAGAGGACCUAGGAAAUGUCAGUGUUCCCUUAAUAUUUUGUAUGGUUGAACAUUUAAAUUUCAUGUAUUUGUUGAUCAGGGCAAUUAAGAACACUAGGCCAUAAAUUUUUUUUGCAUAACUAGGACAAUAGAAUCAUUCACCAAUAUGUGAGAAUAGCAAGAUGCUAUUUUAAGAGCAAAAAUGCUAUGGAAAAUGACCAUUAGAGUUUAUAAACAUAUUGUGAUUGUGUGGUCCUCAUGCGCUCUGUUCCAUCAAAGUUCUGGAAAAUUUCAGCUCUUACCUAUGAAUUGAGGGCAAGGUAAUUAUGAGAUAUUAUUGAUAGAAUUUUUACUUUUUCCGUUGUUUUGGUAAGCAAAUUGUUUGGAAGUUUUUAGUCAGAUCCUUGAAAACAGGAAAGGACCUUAGACAUCACCCACCAAUGGUGGGGAACAUUCGGCCUGUGGCCUUGUGGCCACAGGUUCCCCACCUCUGCCUAGUCUGACAUCCUGUUCAUUAUAGAAAACCCUUCCAAAAUAAUCUCAGACUGGUGUCAUCCAAUUUGAAUACUUUUAGUGACAUAGAACUCAUUCCAUUUUUGCACAGCUUUGCUUUUUAUUAUACCCAUAGCUGCUUCCUUGUAACUUUUCUCCUAUUAGUCUGUAUUCUGAAGCAACAUGUUAGCCUACCCCUUUUUAUGUGACAGGACUAUUAUCUCUCCCUUUAGACUUCUCUGUUCCAAGCCAAAUAGCUCAGUGUCUUUAAAUUGUUACUAAUCUUAAUGUAAUUUUCAGAUUUUUUUUUACCUUCUUUGAAGUAUUCCAGUUUGUUUAUGCCCAUAUCAAAAGACACCGUCCAAAAUAAUGAAAUAAUCUAGUUGUGGUUCAACCAGUAUGAAAGAAAAUGGUAAUUUUAUUUCCUAUUGAUGAAGACACUGUAUUUCUACAUAUGCACUCUAAGAUCACAUCAGUCUUUUUAUCAGCCAUAUCACAUUGUUAUCCUGUUAACUUGUGGUCAUCCAAAAUCUUUAUGUUGCUUUUCAAAACAACUACUCUCAAGCCAGGCCUCACAUAUCCUUAUUUAUUCAGUUUAUUCUUUUAAUUAAAAUACAGGAUUUUAUAUUUAUUCCUUUAAUAUUUUGUCUUGUUAGAUUUGAAGUAGCAUCCUAGUCUUUCAAGGUCAUCAUCUUGUUACCUUUCUUCUCUUUAUAGUCCUGCUUUAUAUGCUCUACAGAUUUGGUAAGUACGGCUUCUCUGUUUUUGGCCAAGUCUUUGAUAAAAAUGUAUAAAAGGGCAGUGACAGAGCCCUUUGACACUCUGCUAGAAACUGUUGAUAGGGACAUUUUUCAACACUAUCAUAGCUGUUCAACCAACUGGAAUUUCACCAUUACUUCAUCUUAUCCACAAAAGAAUAAAAAACUUUAUAUUAUCUAUACAUCUUCCAGGAAGACAAGCACAUCUCCUAUUUUUCUCCAUAAAUCCUUCACUACCAAAACAAAUAAUGAAUUCCUUUUGUGGGAAAUAGCAAAAUUCUUAGUACUUGCUAAUACCUGAAAAUCCUCCCUAGUGUUCUGUGGAUCUUGGCUAGUGUUUUAGCACGUCCAGAAUCACACUUGUAAAAAGAGCCACCUAUCUGUUGUACAAUUCUGAUCUUGUAGGGUUUCUUUCUCAGAACCAGAAAAAAAAUGGAUAGAAAUUGCAGAGGCAAGUAUGAAGUUGAAAUUAGGAAAAGAAAAUUCUAAAUAUUUGAAGUUGUCCAAAAGUAUAGUGGGUUAUUUCAGGAGGAUACUGAGUUCACUCACAUUAAAGGUCUUCUAACCAAAGCUGGAUUCCUUGUCAGGAAUAUUAAGUUACACCUUGGGGCUUUGUACUAAGUGUUUGAAGAGGUCCCUUCCAACUCCAAAAUUCUUUGAUUGUCCUCUAUUUUGCAUUCUUCUGUCCACUCAAGUCUCAAUAUUGAUUUCCCUGUACUCUCUUUGAAAUUUUUUUCUUUGUGUCCUUCAUACUAGAUUAUUUCUUCCAUUCUCCCUAUGAUUUCUUCAUCCUCUUUAAUAAUCUGGAGCCUCAGAAUCAUAAAGGCAAUUCUCCCAGCUUAGAGUUCUCCUUCUAAAGUGGAGUCAUACAAUAAUGGAAUUUGGGUUUAUGAGGGCAGAUGAGGCUCAUGUCAUUCAAUAUACCAAGGGAAGCAAGAGCAAAAAGACUUGUCAAUAUAAAGAGCCACAGGAUCAAAAAUGCCAGAUAUAAACCAUUCUUUUUAGGGAAGUAAGACAUGGUUCUAAUCUAGGAAGCAGAAACCAUCAAACAAUUUCUGAAGGGUUUAAUUUUAACCUAAAUCUGGGAGAAGUAAUACUUCAACAAUAGGAAAAGAGUUGAAGGAGGAUCAAAAGAAAUUUCUGGGUUAAUUAACCUUGGGCAUUGUGAUUUGGCUGCAGGUGCUGUUUUUGUUUUUUGAGCUGCAUAGGAUGGUGGUGCCAUAGCUCUCUGCUUGGCUUGAUGAUCUGUUGUUAGACCAGCUUGUAAUUGAAACACAUGUAACUAACGAGAGUGUCAGGCAGGAAUACAAAAUAGAUCACCUACCCUCCAAAUCAAUCCAAAGUUCCCUUGUCCAAAUUACCUGAUCAAAGAGAAAUAUCAGUCAAGUUUCUCCACUACCACUCAAAAAGACUUCUGGGGAAAUUGUUUUUGAGCUUUCUUAGGUAAAUUCAUCCUCUUCCUCCUCACUCUUUACUUCUGCUAACUUAAAAUUUAACAGCACUUAGCAAAGUGUCCUUUUCUACAGCUGAUAUAAGAUACAAAAUCUUCCUGUAUCAGAGAAGAUAAAAUUGAUAUGUCACAUUUUUUAACUGUUCAUGUUUCCUUGAAUGCAGAUAUACAUAAAGAAAUUUUUGAAUUUUA